CUACAACGUCAUCACCACUUCCUCUCUCCCCACUCUUGAUCUUUUAUAAUUUGUAUCCCGCCAGCGACCUCCUGUGCAGUCGGAGCACAAGUCCUUUUUCGUCUUCAUCAUCGACAUGGAAUAUCUCAAGCCAAGCACUGCUAACUCUUCUCCUCUCACUCCUUUAGGUUUUCUCGAUCGAGCUGCCACUGUCUACGGUGACUGCACUUCUAUCAUCUAUAAUGACAUCACUUUCACUUGGUCCCAAACCCACCGUCGCUGCCUCCAGCUAGCUUCCUCUCUCUCUUCCAUCGGAAUCCGUCGCGGCCAUGUCGUCUCCGUCUUCGCCCCCAACAUCCCCGCCAUGUACGAGCUCCACUUCGCAGUUCCCUUCACCGGCGCCGUCCUCAACAACAUCAACAUCCGCCUGGACGCUCGCACCAUCUCCGUCAUCCUCCGCCAUGGUGAAUCCAAGCUCGUGUUCGUCGAUUGUGUCUCACGCGCUCUGGUCCUUGAGGCUAUCUCCUUGCUACCUCCGGGAACUCAACGGCCUGCCCUUAUCCUCAUCGCUGACGGUUCAGUGGAACCCACAUCGUUAGAGGGAUUCUUCGAUACGUAUGAGGGGUUGGUUGCGAAGGGUGAUCCGAAUUUCCGGUGGAUCCGACCCAAAAGCGAGUGGGAUCCGAUGAUCUUGAAUUACACGUCCGGUACAACGUCGGCUCCCAAAGGGGUGGUUCAUUGCCACCGAGGGACGUUCGUCAUCACUGUCGAUACUCUGAUUGACUGGGCUAUUCCCAAACAACCAGUCUACCUGUGGACGCUAAACAUGUUCCACGCUAGCGGGUGGAGCUUCCCGUGGGGUAUGGCGGCUGUCGGAGGAACCAAUAUCUGCCUUCGUAAAUUCGAUGCCACCACCGUGUUUGCUCUGAUCGAACGCCACGGUGUCACACACAUGUGCGGAGCACCGGUGGUGCUCAACAUGCUAACGAACUCCCCAACAAACAAACCUCUGAGAAGGCCCGUUCAAGUCCUCACAGCGGGAGCGCCGCCGCCUGCCGCAGUGCUUCUCCGAACGGAAGCGUUAGGAUUUGUGGUGAGCCACGGGUACGGGUUGACAGAAACGGGUGGGUUGAUGGUUUCGUGUGCGUGGAAGCCUGGGUGGAACUUGCUGCCGGCGACGGAGAGGGCACGGCUGAAGGCGAGGCAAGGGGUGAGAACAAUCGGCCUGGAGGAGAUGGACGUGGUGGACUCAGAUUCGGGUAAAAGCGUGAAACGUGACGGGUCAACCCUCGGGGAAGUGGUAAUUCGGGGAGGAUGCGUCAUGUUGGGCUACUUGAAAGACCCAGAUGCGAAUUCCAAGUGCUUCAAGAAUGGGUGGUUCUAUACAGGGGACGUUGGGGUGAUGCAUCCAGAUGGGUACUUAGAGAUUAAAGAUCGAUCCAAGGACGUGAUUAUCAGUGGGGGUGAGAAUCUGAGCAGCGUGGAGGUUGAAUCGGUGCUAUACAGCAACCCGGCGGUGAACGAGGCAGCGGUUGUGGCGAGGCCGGACGAGUUCUGGGGAGAGACGCCGUGCGCGUUCGUGAGCUUGAGAGAGGGAUUGGAGAAGAAGCCGACGGAGAAGGAGGUAAUGGAGUAUUGCAGAGAGAGGAUGCCGCACUUUAUGGCGCCGAAGACGGUAGUGUUCAAGGCCGAUCUUCCCAAGACUUCGACCGGUAAAAUUCAGAAGUACGUUCUCAGAAAGGAAGCUAAAGAUAUGGGGUCCUUGAAACGCAGCAGAUUGUGACGAAGAAGACAUAUGAGAUUGGGUCGCCUUGAUGAAUAAAGAUAAGGUUCAUUGAUGUGGUGAAAAAUUCCUUCUCUCACUAAUUUACUUUGCUCGUAUCUGAAUUUCUGAGAAGGAAUAGUGUUUGAGUUUUUCUUUUCUUUUCUUUUUUUAAUUCAAGCUAAAAAAAAAAACUAAGUUCAACAACUAUUUGAUAAUUGGGACCUCUUAAUUUUAUUUACUAAAUUUGUGUUUAAGGAUAUCCAGAA